GCCCCCCUCCCGUUAUCCCCUCUGAUGCCCUCCGCUCGCUCGGGACGCUGCCUUGCGGGAGAUCUGCUUUGCCUUCCCCGGUCGGCGAGGGCUGGAAGGAGGCCCUGCCCUCCCCCGCAUCUGCGACAGGGCACGGGGGGCCGCGGGGGGGGAGCCACGGAUCGGGCCCUCCCCGGCUCCGGCAGGUUGGAGACAGCUCUCAGUGCAUUUUUCCAAGAAGCCAGCAUUCCUUAUAGUCACCCUCACCAUCAGAUGCCGAUGUGCACCCCAGCCAACACGCCAGCCACGCCGCCCAACUUCCCAGACACCCUCACCAUGUUCUCCUGCCUCAAGGCCUCGGAAAGUUUAAACAGCAGCCCGGUGGCUUCCGUGGCCAGGUCUCCCCCUCCCCCGCCUCCGCCCCUCCCUCAGCCUGGAGGCUUCGGAUCAGCCUGGCCGGCCGGCUCCCCUCCAAGGCCCCCACGGAGCCCUUGGACUCCCCCGGCCGCCCCCUCGCAGCCCUCGGGAUGGCCUGCCAGCGUCUCCCAGCGUGCCAGCCACGAGCCAAAAGCCAGCGCCACCCUGGAGGCCGAGAGAUGAGGCCAACGUGGGCCGGCGGCCACGUGUUCCUGUGGGGGUGGCAGCCACCUGCUGCCCCAGAGACUCAAAACGGCAGCUCACUGCAAGCCAUGGCCUGCCUGG